UGCUUUCCUGUCCUGCAUGUAGGCAGUCCACUUCAGUCUAAUCCCGUAGAGAAACAGGCAUCGUUCAGUCGGCAAAUAAAAGGCACUCCAGAAAUAUUAAUAAUAACCGGUUUUCAGCUGUUUGAAAUGAAUUUGUUUUCUUGGUUUGGCGAGUCUGGGCCGUCCGGGUUGAUGCUUGAGUCGACGCUCAUGAUCCACUUCAGAUAGGCUACUUACUGCAACUUAGGACGAAUGGUGGCUACGGACUGGAAGCCAUUGGCUACAAGUUGCCUCUGAACGCAGGAAUUUCUUCACUGUACAUUAACAACUAACGAGCCAUUUUUGGUGGUGGUUCUAACAUUUUGCUUACUUUGAAGGGUCGGUCACAACCAUGUUUUAACAUUAAACGCAAAACAAGUUUGAUGCAUCACACAGUUCGGCGCAUUAAAAUUGGUUAGUUUGGAAACGAAAUCAUUAUGAAACAAGAGUUUAGUCCAGGGAAAGGUAAUUCCCUCCACGAAACUGGGGUGCAUAGCGCAGUGGAGUCGGUUUCACCCGAGCACGCCGUACACGCAGACGACAUGGAUGUGCCUUUUAUCGUUGUAAAACUUGAAGACGAACACGAUUCUUCGGACGCAGAAUCGUUGGUAGACGCGGAAUGGAUGCGACCUGUGGAAUCUCCUGAAUAUGACGAGAACGCUGGUCAAGACCCGACCUCGGAGACCGAAGUAUCACCAUUUCCUACUGAAAAACACUCGAACGACGCGUUACCAAAACACGAGUACUCGGGAGAAAGGGGGAAACAAAAUGUUGGUGGCAAGGCUUGCUUAUCGCCAGAUUUUGAGAAUGCUGGAGCACCUAAGAAUAGAGCUUCCAAGAGAAAGAGAAGAGGCAGUGCCUGGACCAGUAUAAAACGAAGGAACAAGCAGUCCGUGAGUACAAAAACAACGAGCGUGAGCCGGUUCUCCAAAAGUCAGGAGGCUUCCAUACAGACUUUCAUGGAGUCUCACGGCAAAGAGCUGUUUGGACCAAACAAGAAACGGGUUGAUGAACGCCAGUCCCUUUGGAAAGACCUGAUUUCUCAAAUCAACACUGAAGUGUCAGUCAAUGGGCAGAAGACCCUGACAGCAGUGAAGAAGUUGGCGGUUGUGUACAAGAAGGCAGGCGUCCGCCCGACAAGGGAACACAAGAAACGCACGUCAAGCCGGAUGUGCUCUAGAAAAGAAACGGUGAGCCCUCUGGAUGCAGAGGAGCUGGCCUGGGGCAGCACUUCCACUCAUAAACGGCUUUUCCCGAUCAAUAUCCACCACCACCACCCCGCUGCUAGGGGUCAGGGGUAUGGGACACAACCGGUGGGAUCGUCAGCUUCUGGUGCCUGGGCCCCGUACUCCAGAUUCAGGCCUGCAUGCAUCAGCCCACAGCAGGCCAUGGAGCCACCUCCCUUCCCCUACACGGAGUACGAUGCGAAGCCACAGUGCUGUGAGAAGCUGGAAGGCACACUGUUUGAGGUCCUGAACCUUUGCCAGUUCAUGUGUACAGCCAUCCAGAGAUUGGAGGAGAAGAUUGACAGCCUUCAACCAAACUCUUCCUACAUGCAGGAGUCUCAUCUGAACUUUCCGAUUCCUGAAGAGGUGUCAUGGCACAGAAUGGCGCACAGUUCGGCGUGGGCGAAGCCCCCACCCUCCCGCGGCUCCAGGUUUGGACUGAGCCGCCUGAAUGUGCUGUCCAGUCCUUCCCACGUGCCCCCGCCAGACGACAAACCGCCCCCCUUCCACACCCCUCCAGCCCGCCGCGGCAGGCCACGCUUCCCUCAGAGCAACGUUACGAGACAGCCCGCCCAUCCCGCUGCCCCCCAGCUCGACCGCCUCACGUCCGGCAGGACAAAACAAGGGGGGAGGAAGCCCAGGGGUCGAGCCAGGGGCAGGGUGAGCCAGGCCGGAGGCAGGGCAGACCAACCCACAACGGGGAGCCAGACCCAAAGCACAGCAGACCAACCCACAACGGGGAGCCAGACCCAAAGCACAGCAGACCAACCCCCUAUGGGGAGCCAGACCCAAAGCACAGCAGACCAAUCCCCAAUGGUGAGCCAAACCCGAAGCACAGCAGACCAACCCCCAAUGGGGAGCCAGACCCGAAGCACAGCAGACCAACCCCCAAUGGGGAGCCAAACCCGAAGCACAGCAGACCAAUCCCCAAUUGGGAGCCAAACCCAUAGCACAGCAGACCAAUCCCCAAUUGGGAGCCAAACCCGAGGCAGGGCAGACCAACCCCCAAUAACAAAUCAGGUGUUUGCAGCCCCGCCUUCAGGGAUCGCCGUUGUGGAUGUCCUGCCAGUAAACGUGCCGUUGAUGGGACCCAGUAGCACAGGCAACGUCAAGGAUGAGCAGCUAGUGCUGAUUGGCAGCUCCUCACGGAAGGUGCGCAUCUCCACCUCGGAGUACCUGAAGGCCUUCAAAGAGUCGGACCCGCAAGGCGCGAUGGCUGUGAUGCUGAGGGCCGUGUUCACCGACAUGGUGCUGGCCCACAGCUGGGUCACGUGGAACCGAUCUGGAGGGAUAAUGCAGCUGGACCCCAACAAGAUAGAGGCCAUAAGAGAAUGGCUGGCAGAAAUGUUUCCCAAGCAUGACCUGGAUGUGAGGGGGGUGGACUGGGCCACCUGUCUGGGGGUCAUCAGCAGUGUGACGAAAAUGCUUCGCACCAGGAUGGAACAGCAGGCAGUGGCCUGAAGUAGUUGCAGGGCAACGUCUUGGCAAGACAGCCAGGACAACCGCAACUUGUGGGCAUCGAUGGCUGAUUCCACUUGGUGUUCAAAGACAGGAAAUGUGCAUGCAUUUUAAAGUAUCCACUAGGGUUAUUGUCUCACUGCUACUAAUUAGAUUAGACACUAACAAGCUGCGUGCAAUGGAGAAAAAUGAUGAUGUUCGUGAAUAGCGUUCUUUUCUCUGUUUCGGCAGAGUACAAGUGGUUACACUGAGAUUACUACUGGUUAUUCUGUUAUUUUAAGGGACAGUUUUGGUUGGACACACUACACAGUAUAGUCUGAGCCAAAUAUUUUUA